AUGGGAGAAUGUCUGAUGUUUGGGCUGGACUUGGAGUCUCGAUAUCUGUCGAAUCUGCCAGCCGAAGAGGAUGUCGUCAGCUUGCUCAUUGGAACCCACAACAUCAAGAUGGAUAAUCAGAUAUGUCGCCUAUCGCUGGAUGGCGAGUACUCUCGGAUCUCGUCAUUGUCAUUUCCGCACACAGUUGGAGAGGUACGUGGCUUGGCUGCCUCACCAUCCAGUGCCGACAUUGUGGCUUCAGCUGCUGCAAAUUUUCAUGGAUCGCCAGCCACAUUCGGCAUUCAUUUAUGGCAAAUGGACAGCAGCAAAGGAGCACUGAAGGAAUUGGCUUCUGCUGCCAUCGACGAUUGUCCGCUGAGCUACGAAUGGGACCAACAGAGAGUGGGCUCGCUUCUUCUCUUUUCCGAUCCUCAGUGCAGAUUUUUCAAUCAGAAGAAGGUGAAGGAAAAACGUUCGCUGAACGGCACAGCACAUGCACAAACGUGGAAUCCUCACAGCGGUGGCAACCUGCUCGGCUUGGCUAUCGAUAAAGACAUUAUCUGGAGUCACUACGAAUCAAAGAUGCUCAUCGCUCAUCGUGCGUUACACCUGGAUUUCAACCCAAAUUUGCAACAUAUCGUAGCCUCCUGUGGCGAUGACGGUGCCGUCCGGUUGUGGGAUUGGCGGAAUCCCAACGUCGCACUGGUGACUGUGACUCCGCAUGCACACUGGGCUUGGCAGUUCGGGUUCCAUCCCGUCCACGAUCAGCUGAUUUUAUCAGCUGGUAGCGACGCCACGGUCGUUCUGUCAUGUGUUCUUUCCGCAAGCAGUGAAGUGGGCGAUAUGGGUCUAGAUGAUGCAGCAGAAGAUGACGAAGUUGACAAACUCGAGGAUGGACGCACGAGAGUCCGUACUUCGUGCUCGGGGUAUGCCUGUGUUUGGGCGGCAGCUGAUCCAUGGACGUUCGCCUCAUUAUCCUACGAUGGAAGAGUGGUGAUCUCAAGGGUCAGCCGAAAACACAAAUACGCUCUGAUGAAACUA